AUGCCGUCCUUCGAGCAUUGUUAUGCUAAUGUGAUGCCCUAUGAUGACAGUGAUGGGAUCCCGUGGUCGGAGGAGCGGGUGAUGCGGAAGGUGCUUUACCUCUCUCUAAAGGAGUUUAGGAGCGCACAGAAACGGCAGCUGGAUGGCGAUGGAACCACAAACUCCAAUGGUUCCCUAGCCAAUGGGCAGCUGAAUGGCUCGGGAUCAAAGGGCAGCCACAAAGAAGAUGGGUCCUUGCGCUCUCAGGGUCUGGAUGGGAGCAGCGAGUACUGUGAGGACAGUCCUGCAAAGAAGAGGCCUCGGCUCCAGGCUCAGAGGAAGUUCGCCCAGUCGCAGCCCAACUCUCCCAGCACUACGCCCGUGAAAGUGGCCGACCCAGGCAGCCUCAACACCGGCCUGGCCACUGUGCCCUCCUCAUCCCUCUCGCUGCUCUCCUCUUCAUCGCUGUCCUCUUCCAUCCAGGACCUGUCCAGGCGCAAGCCCAAGACGGAGGACUUCCUCACCUUCCUCUGCCUCAGAGGUUCAUCGGCCCUGCCCAGCAACAUGGCCUACUUCGGAAGCUCCCAGGAGGAGGAGGACCUGGAGGAGGAGGACGAGGAGGAGGAGGAGGAGGUGAGGAACGGCGGUGGUAUCCACUCUCACGGCGGGGGAAGCAGCAGCCAAGCCUCGGCCUCCUCCUCCUGCCAUUCGACACCUCGCAAGGGCAAGCUCCCCGCCAGGCAGCCGCUCAAUGGGCAUGUGUUCAACAGUCACGGCAAAGCAGGGACCAGGGAGAGUCCGAGGCCCAAGGCGGGAACCCACGGCAGGGAUGCGCCUGCCCCGCCACUGCCACCUCCUCCACCUCCACCGCCGCCCCUCCUGAGGGAGCGCAGUGAGCGGGCGGAGGCACGGGAGCACGUGAGGGAGCAGCAGGCCAUGGCCAGCGGUCGAGGCUCAGCCAACGGGCUGCCACCGAGGAGAGCUGCUGAGGAGCUACGCAAGCAGGUCUCUAAAGUGAACGGGCUGACGCGGGCGGGCUCGGCACAAGCUGUCGGUGGUGCCAAAAAGAGCCGCGACUUCCGACUGCCGUCCAAAACUGUGAAGAAGUACACAGCCACCGUGUCCAAGGGCCACGUCACUUACACCAAAGCCAAACAGAAAGAACUGGGCAAGAAAACCAAACUCAGCAGCAGCAACAAACACAACAGCGCCGCCUCGGCACCAUCGUCAGCGAACAAUCACAAUCAGCACAGCCAGCCAGCAGCCAGCAAUGGGCUGGCCAACUCAGGAAAAGCAGCGGCACCAGCCCACCACAGCAAUGCAAAAACCCGCAAACAGGUGCUACUAUCCAAUGGGCUGCACAAUGUGGCUGCCGGUGCCCGCCUCAACGGGAGGCUAAAUGGGCAGCGGCACAACACCCUGGCCAAGGAGGAUGGGCAGAGACAGUGCCAGCAGGGCCAGGGGGAGUGUCCAGGUCGAGAGGGACUGCGUAACUCCAAGCGGCGUCUGGAGGUAGUGCUCAACUCAGUGGGGACAGGGGUUGUUGAGCAGAAAGCCAAAACCACUGGCACUGAGGCAAAGAAGGCCAAGCUUCAGCCGACUCCUCUGGAGACACGCAGCAGCAGCAAGAAGGUGGCCAAUCAAGAGAAAGCUGCCACGCAAAUCACCACCCCUACCACUCCAGUUUCUAAUGGACACGAAUCAGAAACACCUUUGUCUCCUAAACAAACUCCACCUGUUACCCCACCUCCUACUCCCCCUCCUCAGCAAACCCCAACUCCUUCUACACCAGCAGCCAAUACGGAGCCGGUGAACCAGCGACCCAAGCGGGCAUCGGCCGGCAAGCUGAUGUUGAUACGACAAGCACAGCAGCAGCAGAGCAGGUCUCAUGGUCGGAACUCCUCCUCUUCCUCCCCCUCAUCAGGCCAGAAUCACCCACAGAACCCCAGUCGUGCCAGCACUACCUCAGACCCCCAACAAACCUCUGUGUCCUCCUCCUCCACCACCUCCUCCCUGCUUACUUCCACCAACAGCCCGGGACAGCUCAAACCAGCAGCACUGCGGCCCGCUGAGCGUGACAAGGAGUGGGAGCGUGAGAAAGAGAUGACGCGCCAGAAGGAACGUGAACAGGAGAAGGAGUGGGAGCGCCAGCGGAGCAGGCCAGAGGGCUGGGCAGCGCUGGGUGAAGUCCCUGUCUUCCGGCCAGCGCCGCGGGAGUUCCAGGACCCCCUGGUGUACUUGGACGCGGUGAGGGAACAGGCCGAGGCGGCUGGCAUGUGCCGUGUGGUCCCACCUCCAGACUGGCGGCCAGAGUGCAAGCUGAGCGAGGAGAUGCGUUUUGUUACACAGGUGCAGAGGGUCCACAUGCUGGGCCGGCGCUGGGGCCCCAACGUGCAGCGGCUGGCCUGCAUCCGCAAGCACCUCAAAUCUCAGGGCAUUACCAUGGAUGAGCCGCCUGUCAUUGGUGGCUGUGAAGUGGACCUGUCACGUUUUUUCCAGCUCAUCAAUGACAUGGGCGGCAUGCAGCAGGUGAUGGACCUGAAGAAGUGGACCAAGCUGGCUGACCUUCUGCGCAUCCCUAAGUCAGCGCAGGACCGGCUGGCCAAGCUGCAGGAGGCUUACCUCCAGUACAUCCUCUCCUAUGACUCGCUUAGCGCCGAGGAGCGCCUCCGACUGCAGGCCGAGGUGCUGCAGGAGAAAAAGAACCUGGAGUUGCGCCGGGGCCCUCUGGAGGGUCUCUUGGACUCCUCAACACCUAGUGCUCUGGUCCUGCCACGCUAUGAGCCCAAGAAUGGGUUAGUAGGUGGGAUAGUGGGAGGGGGAACAGGGCACCAGCGCACCAAUGGAGUGUAUCACCAUCUGAAGGAGCUGGAGGCUCAGGUCAAAGCGGGCCGGCGCCGGCUCUUCGCUCAGGAAAAACAAGGCAAAGAGGACAGGCAGCAUGGAGAAGAGCAGGAGGAGGAGGAGGACAGGGGCGUUCUCAGCGACCAGCACAAAUGUAUUUACAAGGGGAAAUCGGUGUCUUUGACGAACUUCUUCAGGAUAGCCCGGAACACCAUGACCAUGUGCUUUAACAAGGAACCAGGGGCUGCUGAGGUUGAGCAAGAGUACUGGAGGAUUGUGGAACAGAGAGACAGCCACGUGGCAGUGCAUUGUGGGAAGGUGGACACCAGUACACAUGGCAGUGGUUUCCCCACAGGAAAGUCAGAGCCAUUUUCAAAACAUGGAUGGAACCUCACUGUCCUCCCCAAUAACUCUGGAUCCAUUCUGAGGCAUCUGGGUGCUGUGCCCGGGGUGACCAUUCCCUGGCUAAACAUUGGCAUGGUCUUUUCUACCUCAUGCUGGUCUCGAGACCAAAAUCGCCUUCCAUAUAUUGAUUACUUACACACUGGUGCUGAUUGCAUUUGGUAUUCUGUCCCUGCUGAGGAGAAGGCUAAGCUGGACAAGGUGGUCCAUACACUGCUUCAGGCCAAUGGCACCCCAGGACUAGAAAUGUUGGAGAAAAACAUCAUGAUCUCUCCAGAGGUGCUGUGCCGUGAAGGUAUCAAGGUUUACCGUACGGUCCAGCGGAGCGGCCAGUUCGUGGUCUGCUUCCCCGGUGCCUUUGUCUCUAAAGUGUGCUGUGGCUACAGCGUGUCUGAGACGGUGCACUUUGCCACACCGCACUGGAUGAACCUGGGUUACCAGGCUUCAAAGGACCUGAAAUGUCGUCGUAUAGCCAAACCCUUCUCCAUGGAGAAGCUACUGUACCAGAUCGCCACAGCUGAGUCAAAGAGGGACAACGGCCUUCUCCUCACCACCAUCUCCGCCCUACUCAAAGACCUCAGGAACAUAGAGAUGGGCCAACGGCAGGAACUUUACAAGGCAGGUUUGCUCUCCUCUGCUCGCUAUGGCACGCAUGAUGGCGGCCUAGGGCCCGGCGAGGGACGCAAGAAGCCCCGCGGGAAAUGGCUAGCACUGGAGUCCUCAGAGAGACGCUGCCAGAUCUGUCAGCAUCUCUGCUACCUGUCCAUGGUGGUUCAGGAGACUGACAACGUGGUUUUCUGUCUGGAGUGUGCCCUGCGCUAUGUGGAGAAGCACAAGUCCUGCAGAGGCCUUAAGAUGAUGUACCGAUACGAUGAGGAGCAAAUCAACAGUUUGGUGAACCAGGUGUGUGGCCGGGCCAUGUUAAAGAACAGCAGUGGCGGCGGUGGUGGGGGAGUGGUCGUCAGCGGAGGAGGGGGGGAGCCCUGCCUGGGCUUAAGCCCUGCCAAAGCAUCACCGGCCAAGCGAGGCCCCCGGAAGCGCGAUACUGUGGAGGUGUCCCUGCCACGCCUGUCCUCCAGCCACAUGCCUAAGGCAGCGGCUGUAUCCUGAGGGGGACAUCUUGACAUCGCCACCCUGUGCGCUGUGCCCACGUCCUGCCCUACCCCUCCCUACACCCUCCUCAAAUCCCUUGUUUUUUUAUUUUAUUUUUAUUUUUUACAUUAAGCAGGAUCACGAUCAAUCCCUCCUCCACCACCCGAUAUUUAAGAUCGAUUGUUUUUGAGCUUUGAAAAUCCCCUCACCUGACCUCAGUCCCCCCUCCAAAAAAUAUUCACCUCCCCCCUUAG